AGCCUGGCUGGCCACAAUCCAUAGGGUCACAUAAUCUUUGUGUUGGUCCUACGUAAGUGACAGGACUUAAGUGACAGCACGGCACAUAGAAAGGGUUGUUAAAGAAAAAUUAAAUUCGGUUCCUCAAGUCCAUCAGUAAUUUUCCCUCCUGUUUUGCCUUAGGUAUUCGCAAGAGCAACGCAGCAGAAGUCUGGUGUUGACUUGAGUCUGGAGUAAUAGAAACAUCCAACACGGUUCUUGGGACAAUCAAAGCUAGUAUGAUCAUGUUCGGUCAGGAUCAGCAAACACUCUUCCCUCCUGCCUCGCGCUGGGGCCAAUGCUACUUCCUGCUGAGCCGAAUUUACUGUGGCUGUUGCUGAGCCCAGGCAUCCCGACUACCACCGGACCUUCAUUUUUGCCCACGGAAAGCUCGAGACUUCCCGCCAAACGCGCGUGUGUACGUCUCUCGGCGCCCCAGGCGCAGGCAGAACUGCGCAUGUGCGGGACCAGCGGCCGCCGGUACCCUUCGCUUCCACGGACCGCGAGCUAUGGCGGAUACGGAAGCGACCCUGCUGCGCCAGUUUCCGCUCUUUCUGCCCCAGAACCGGGAGAAAACCGUGUAUGAAGGCUUCAUUUCGGCUCAGUCAGUUUCUCUGCUUGCUUUGGAUGUUCUACUUCUGUGUUUUCAGGGAAGAGAUUUCCACCUUAGACUAUUGCUGCCCAAAGACUUGCAGCUGAAGAAUGCAAGAUUACUGUGUAGUUGGCAGCUGAGAACAGUACUUAAUGGAUAUCAUCACAUAGUACAACAGAGAAUGCAGCAGUCUCCUGAUCUAGUGAGUUUUAUGAUGGAGUUGAAGAUGGUUUUGGAAGUUGCUUUAAAGAAUAAAAAAGAACCACAUGAACUAUCUCCUCCUCCCAAGUUCUACUCAAGCCUUAUUGGAGAGAUAAGAACUCUUGGUUGGGAUAAGCUUGUGUCUGUGGAUCCUUGCUUUAGUACCAUCAAGUUAAAAGCAGAUGUUUCUGGUAGAGAGCAUCUAAUCACCGUCAAGUUGAAGGCGAAGUACCCUGCAGAAUCACCAGAUUGUGUUGUGGAUUUUCCUGUUCCAUUUUCUGUUUCCUGGACACCACAGAGCUCCUUAAUAAGCAUUUAUACUCAGUUUUUGGCAGCAGUGGAAUCACUGAAGACAUUCUGGGAUGUAAUGGAUGAAAUUGAUGAGAAGACUUGGGUACUUGAGCCAGAAAAACCUACACGGAGUGCUACAGCACGCAGAAUUGUAUUAGGGAAUAACGUUUCAAUAAAUAUAGAGGUAGACCCCAGGCAUCCCACUAUGCUUCCCGAGUGCUGUUUUCUUGGAGCUGACCAUGUGGUAAAACCCCUGGGAAUUAGGCUGAGCAGAAACAUACAUUUGUGGGAUCCAGAAAACAGUCUGUUACAAAAUUUGAAAGAUGUUUUAGAAAUCGACUUUCCAGCUCGUGCUAUGCUGGAAAAAUCUGAUUUUUCUAUGGAUUGUGGGAUUUGUUAUGCCUAUCAACUUGAUGGUGCCAUUCCUGAUCAAGUGUGUGAUAAUUCACAGUGUGGCCAGUCUUUCCAUUAUAUAUGCUUAUAUGAGUGGUUGAGAGGACUACUGACUAGCAGACAGAGUUUUAACAUCAUAUUUGGUGAAUGUCCGUAUUGUAGUAAGCCAAUUACCUUGAAAAUGUCUGGGAGAAAAGCCUGAAAUAAGAAUGCAGCAGUCCUGUGAAGAGCCAGAAACUUAAAUUAUCAAAAGGAUUUUAUUUGAUAACUUCAGAGAAAAUAUAAAGCAAGACAUACUAAUAUCAAAAGAAAAAUAAUGGUGAAGCUGUAAUAAUAUAUAUCCGCUUUUAUCUCUUCACUAAAUGUAAAUUGGGACACUGUAAACCAAAAUCCUGUAGAACUGUCUAAUUCUGUGACCUCCAUACCAGUUGUAGAAGUGUCUGUGUACCAAGAUGGAGAGCUUGACUUGUUGAAUAUAUCUGGAUUGGUAAAAUCUUGAUGGGGUUCAUAACAUGAAUUUGGGAAUUGUAUACAGCUGGAUUUGUGUGGAGAACUUUUUACAUCAUUUUGAAAUUCUUGAGACUCACAAUAUUUUUGUCUUCUUCUUGUGUUUUCCUAUGAGAAAAUACAUAUUUAUUACGUGUUAGGUUUGAGUUAUCCAAGUACUUUAGUGUACUCUUUAAGAAUGCUAAAUAAAAUGUGUUACAUAAGAUCAA